AGUAAGAAUGAAACUAAAUGAAUUUUGAAGUCGAUACUUUUAUAAGUUUUAUUAAAUUAAAUAAAUAUGAGUUCGUUCAAACGAUCAAAAGUAAAGAAUAAAGAAAGGAGAAAUGCAAAUUCAAAAUUGGUAAAGAAAUCACGUAAACAAAUGCGUAAAGAGGCAAGGAAGCAAAAGAAAACAGACAGAGCAAUUUAUUUUCAAAAGAAAAAUGAAUUGGGUAUUACAGGUACACGUGGUGGCAAACGAUUAAAAGCAGUUACAGCCAACGAAGAUGAGAAUGGCGAUGAUUGUACGAUUGACAAGACUAUUAAUUUGCAACAAAAAACUGUCAAGGGAAAAAAACGACAGAAAGUAGAAUGCAAAAAAAACAAUGAAAAAUGUAAAUUACUUAAGGAAGCAAACUUGAAAGAAGAUAAAAUCAUUAAAAAAUUGGAGAAGCAAUUGAAAUUAAAUAAAAGAAAGAAGAAGUCAAUUCCUCAAUCUUUUGUAGCAGAUGGUUUAGAUUAUCUUUUGGAUUUUUGUUCAGAGGAAGAUAGAAAAUGCAUGGUAGAAACAGAAAGGGAGCAGUUAGAAAAUGAAAUUAAUAAUGAAUUUGAAGCAGAUUUUACUAUGGCUGUAAAAGAAAAUCUGAUAGAAAAUGUACAAACUAAUGAGUCGUUUGAGAGUAAUGAAAAUGAAAAUGAAGACACAGAUAAUAGUUCUACUUGCACAAGUGAAGAUCUUGCAGCUAACAGCAGCAAUUUAAAUAUAUGUAUGGAUAACAAAGUAAAACCUGAUUCUAGUCAAAAUGAAAAAUCUGUAAAUAUCGAUAUUAAAGAUGAAGGUUUAUGGGAAGACAUCUAUGGAAGAAAAAGGGAUAAAGGUGGUAAUAUUGUACAUGAAGUUACAAGAUAUAUUCCUCCAGCUGCACGUAUUAUUCCAAAUGGAAAUAUGGAUUCUGAAAAAUUACUUUCCUUGAGAAAACAAUUAAAGGGAUGUUUGAAUAGAGUAGCAGAACAUAAUAUUCACACUAUAGCCAAUCAGAUUGAAGAAAUGUACAUGACACACAGCCGUAAUAAUAUGAAUCACAUGUUAUCAAAUUUAGCAUUUGAAGCUUUAGUUGCACAUGUACUUACACCAGACCGUCUGGUUUGUGAACAUAUGAUGUUAAUUGCUAUUCUACAUGCUAAUGUUGGUGUUGAGAUUGGUGCUCACUUUUUAGAAACACUUGUAAAAAAAUUUGUGAAAACAAUGGAAGUACCACAGGAUGUAGAGAACAAAGAAUUAGAUAAUGUGAUUCUCAUGAUUUCCCAUCUAUACAACUUUAAGGUAUAUGGGCAUAAACUUCUCUAUCAGAUACUCGAUACACUUAUGAUCAAAUUCACAGAGAAAGAAAUUGAAUUGAUAUUGCUUAUUUUAAAAACAGUCGGAUUUCCACUGCGAAAAGAUGAUCCAAUCGCUUUGAAAGAAUUUAUACACACUUUACAACAAAAGGCUAGCAAUAGUGACGGACAAAGUUCAAGAGUUAAAUAUAUGCUGGAUGUUUUGUUAGCAAUAAAGAAUAACAACAUCAGUAAAAUGCCUCAAUAUGACUCUUCACACGUGGAACAUUUAAAGAAAAUAAUAAAAAGCGUUAUACGCAAAGGCAAUAGUGUAACACAAUUUAAUGUGUCCCUAGAGGAUUUGUUACAUACUGAUGAAAAUGGAAAAUGGUGGAUCAUUGGUUCAGCUUGGACAGGAUCUAAUAAUAUGGACAAUCAAGGAAAGCCAGAGAGACAAAAUAAACUUAACUUCGGUAAAAAAAUAUUAGACCUGGCACAGAAGCAAAGAAUGAACACUGAUACAAGAAAAAAUAUUUUUUGCAUUCUUAUGACUGCUGAAGACUACUUGGAUGCUUUUGAAAAACUUCAUCAUCUUGGUUUGAAAGACCAACAAGGAGAUGAAAUUGUACAUGUAUUAAUGCAUUGUUGCUUGCAAGAAAAUAAGUUCAAUCCUUACUAUGCGGUAUUGGCGCAAAAAUUAUGCGAAUAUAACCGAAAAUACCAACUCACAAUACAAUACGCUUUAUGGGAUAAACUGAAAACACUGGAAAUUUAUGGAACAAGACAGCUAAACAACCUGGCACGAUUUUUUACCUAUUUAUUCGUUGAAAAAUGUCUGGCUUUAUCAAUUUUAAAAGUUAUUGAAUUCACAGAAUUAGACAAAUCUACUAUGAAACUCGUUAGACAAAUCAUAUUGGGUAUUCUAUUGCACAAAAAUGAACAGGCUUGUCUGGAUGUAUUUAAGAGAAUAUCCAUUUCUCCUCAAUUGCAAACUUUUAAAGAAAGUCUUCGCUUAUUCAUCAGUUGUUUUCUAAUAAAAAAUAUAAACUCGAGCGAUAUGUUAGAUACGAAAAUAAUGAUGUUAAAGAGAAGAGCUGAAUUAGUAGAUAAAAUAUUAAUUUCAGAUGGGUCCAAGGUUAUAUUUUGAUACUAGUAAAAUAUAACAAAUUCUCCAACGUUAACAUAAUUGUAAAUAAUACC